ACAACAAGAACAAAAUUGUUAUUUUCAGAAGUUAUCAAUGGUUAAUUGGACUAAAUAAAUAUAUUAAUUCAUUUUUAUUUGAUCUUAACUUGUUAUCAAUUGGAAUUGGACUUUUUUUAAUUUACAUAGCGGCCCUGAAAUGUUGCAUUUGUGAAUAUCGAUAGCUGGGAAACCAUCAAAGGCACCAAUAAUUGUUCGUCAACUAAUGUACAUUGUAUGCUCAACCGGCUAGUUACAAUCGUGAUAAAUCUCGACGCGAUAGUCUGCCAUCGAUAGUUUGCUAUCCAUUGAAAAUGCAGAACCUGAAAUUGCAGGAGGAAAUCAAGUCAUUGAAGGGCCUUGGCCAGCACUUUAAGGAUCAGUUAAAACUGGCGAGCAUCGAGCUUGGCGAUUUCUCCGACGAAGACCUGGCACUCCUUGACAAAUGCGUCCAAUACUAUGCCUUUUCCCAAAUCUACGAUUCUAAUCUGAAUUUUUUGCGCGACUAUUACUACGGCAAGAAAAGGGACUGUCUGGAAAAUAAACGAACCAAGGUCCAGCAACAUUUAGAGCUGCAGCGCAUAAAGUCGGCCAUCGAGAUGGCGGCUAAAGACGUAGCGGUGUUGGAACGAUUUAAAGCGGCUGCGAAAGAGCGACUAAUUCCGGACACCGUUGCCUUGCAGCGAAGAAGCCAUCAGGUUGCCACCAAACAGGGCUUGUUGGACCGACAAAAAACGCUCAAGAUUCCGAAGGACUUUAACAUUGAGAGCGUAAUUGAGAAGGUGGAUUCGCUGGAGCGCCGUUAGUGAAUUGCUUGGACUUGGUUUUUUUUAAAUUAUUUAAUUGUAUUUACUUAGUAAUGCAAAAAACAUUUUACAAUAACAUAAAAUCUGCAAAUUUAAAAGACAA